AACUCCGAAUGUGUUGUUUUCAUUGCCGACAAAAUGGCUGACAAGAGCGCAUUUUUUGGAGCAGUGCCUCUGUAACAUAUGGACUUUAUUAAUUAAUGAAUAAACUACUAAGAUAGAAUGGGUUCCGGAGCGAGCACCCAAGUUAAAACUAUCCACAGUGAAACGGAAAAAGGUUACAAUGAGUCUGCAAGGACUGCAGGCAGACAGAUCCAGGCUACAGUGACAGGGACAAGUAACUUGACAACUGAAAGUGGAACAAGUGAAAGCCAUCGAAAUGAUACAGAUGCCAAGCUCAAAGAUCUGGAGAAACAGCUGGCAGAGAGUGAGAGUCAACAGCUGGACUUCCAGGACCAGAUACAGCUGCUCGAGGAGAGGCUUGCGGAGCAGCUGCAGGAAGCUGGUAGGGAGGAAGUGUGUACGGAGACCCUGCAGGUCAAGGAUCAGUACAUCGCCAAGCUGGAGCUGGAGCUACAGGCCGCACAGCAGGAGAACAGCAAGCUGAAAAUGAAACACAAAAAGAAGUUGAAGUCCUUGAACUCUCAGCUGACGGAGACGAGGCAGGAGAUGUCGAUACAGACAUUUGAGCUGAGGGAGGAGAUCAGUAAACUCAGGGAGGAGAACAGCGCACUCAAGAAUAAAGUUGAUGCCUCUUCGUCAACAUCUGGUGACACUGCUGUGGGGUUGACUGGUGAGAUGAGUGGACGCAUGACCUUGAUCCUGGAUCUGUCACAGCAGCUGUCUGAGCAGGAAGACAAAAUAAAGAAACUUGAGGAAAGUGUGCAGGAAAAGAAUAAGACAAUCAAGAAAUUUAGAAAUGCUCAAUCAUCAAAUGCUGACAAACAUUCAAAGGUAAAAGAAGAUGUGUUGGUGUCAAUGUCUUGGGACGAAAAUAAUGAGGUUCCAAAUGGUUCUGAGUUCAUGGCGUCAGGUUGGCAUUGUGUAGACAAUAAUGCAAAGAUGCCAUCCUCCAAACUGAAGACUGGUUCUCUGGCUCCUGUAGAAGAAUGUAACAGUGAAAAUGACAGGAAUGACUUUAGCACAAGUAGGGAUUCUGGGAUAGGCUCUGCUGGAAAGACCAAAUCUGUAAAUGAUUCUGAGAAAUGGAAGUCCAAAAGAAUCAGCUCAGCAUCUAGUAUGUUGUCCGGUCUGUGUUAUGAUUCUGACUCUGACUGGGGGUCAGAUUCCACCACAGCGCCACCCUACAAAGUUCAGAGUGCUCCACCGGGGAAAAGAUCUCCACAUUUGCUGCCCUCUGGUCAGAGAGGAGACUCAGGGGGAGACAACUGGAGUGUAGACUCAAGAAGUGGAACACCAAAGAGUAAAUCAAAGAAAAAAUCUGUUCUUAGGUCCAGAGCUGAUGCAAAUCAUGAUAAUGAUAUCCCAGGACAAAGACCUGAAUUGCUGGGCCCAACUCUAGCUUUUGCUGAGAAAACCAGAUUAGAAUCAUACUGAUUUACAAACACAGUUGUAGAGUUUAAAUCCCUUGCAUUGUGUUAACAUCUCUGUGAUAUGCGUAAGUGUGGGUGGUUUGCUGAGGAUUAGAAAGUCCCUCAAAUUGAUAAUGUCAAGAAUAAAAAUGACUUCACACAUAGACAUACCAUGAAGGUAAAACUGCUGACCGAACAUUAAUUUCAUAUUAAAGCAGCUAGUAUUGGCUUAUUAUUUUAUAAGGAAAACACAAACAAUUUGACUUUCAAUUGGAUGAUCGAUGUUUCGGGAACAGAUUUUGUAACAUUAGGUUGAAUCGUUGAUUGGCACUUUGAUGUUAGAAGAACAUGAAGACAUGAUAAUAAGGAACUUUGAUAACUAUUUUUUUGAUGGUAAUGAUAUUUCAGGGCGACUUCUUGCCCCUUCAUCGUGUGAAUCUUGUUAUUCAUAACAGUUACACAUCUUCAUCAGUGGGUCACUAGACGUCCUACUAACUGUUUGAGUGUUAGUAAGACGCUUUGUUAUCAGUGGGUUAGUGUUUGCAACUGUACUCUGUAUGCAGUGCUUGUUGAAGGGUUUGUUGUUAAAUAUAUAUUUGUUUCAUGUAUACCACUAUCUUAUAAAUUUGUUUAACAACACCUAAUUAGGUUGUAGGAUCCCUGAGGAAGGGGAAUAUCACCCCUACUUUUUCCAUUUAAUGUGAUGUUUACGUAUCCCAGACAACAAACAAUAUUCAGGAAACUGUCUCCUUGCACAUGUUGAAUGCUUUCCAUGUUUAUGGGUAAUGUCAGUGAUCAGAAAGCCGGAAUGAUUCAAAUUCAAGGAGGGAAAGUUUAAACAUAAACUUGACUUUGAUUUUCGUACACAUUAGAAAUGGAAAGGAAAGAAUUUCACAAAGUAUCUUCUCAGAGCACCAAAAGAGAAGUGGAGUUAUUUUGUGAACAUACACUAAGUCUUAUGACUGGAAAACCUACAGUUAAAACAAAAGAAGCCUCAAACUGAUGCCAGAACAGUGUACUUGACUUCUUUAUCUUCACACUCUAACUUAUUUGAGUACAAAGAUUGCUUUUGCCAGAUUAUAUGUUUACAUUUAUUUACACUUUAAACUAUUUAAGAACAAUGAUUGCUAUUGCCAGAUACUAUGUUUACAGUACAGAAGCUCUGUGAUGAUUUUGUAUCACUGUUGAUUAUUUUAAUUUAUUAAUUGUUUGCUUCAGUCAGUAUUAGCAUGCUUCAUUGUGUUGUGUUUUGCUCAAGAGACAGUAUUCAUGGACAUGUUCACAAAGAAAUGUUUGGAUUAUAUAUUUUUACAUGAUUUAUUCACAGA